GCGCCAACGAGGAUGUGGCGACGUUGGCGCGCACAGGACAUGUCGGCCAAGAGAAGGCGUCCAAGCGCACGCCGGGGACCAAGCCCUCUGUGGGUGACAUGCUACGGCAGUUCUUUGUUCAGGGAAAGGACGAGGUCAUGCACACACCCGCUGGAAGCGCGCGUCGCCCGAUUUGUAGUGGCGUUGGCAUCGAGCGUGACGGCACGGAGGUGCCAGACGCGGAGUCUCUUUGCGGCAACUCGCUCGUUGGCCAGUGCAUGAAGCUACCGCCCUCCAUCCGGCACAACUGACACCGACGUGUACAUACUGCCACCUGUUGGUCCAAGGAAGCAUGGCCGCCACUUGGCCCAAGGUAGCAGUCCCGUGUGAGUGCUGGUCGUGCGAGAUGCAUACCUGAUGGAGACCAUCAGGGCUUCAUCCAACUCACAUACUUGGGUCGGGUGACGUUGCUUGGUGUCAUGGGGGGAAGACGAUGCGCCAUCACGCACUGAAAUGAAUACUGCGAUCGCGUUGGCGAGUGGUGAGCGGUACGAUGGUGCGUCCGCCACGUUGCUGUGGCCAAAUCCGUCGCGCGGCGCCAUUUUUCGUUGAGUCAUGCCAGCACAGAUGGCUGAGGUCGUACACAGCACGAGUAUGCAACACAAUGGAUGUGGCGUCGCUGCCGACGACGACUCAUCGGAUUGCUGGCGGGUGUUUCUCAGCGGACUUCCUUUCUUGAGCGAUGCAGAGGAUGGAAUACGUGACGAAUCCAUGGCGGGUUCGUCCGCGAGUGAGGCAGACGCCCAGCCACUAGUCGCUCCGAAGACUCCACGUCGUCGUGCGACCCACCCCACGGUCCACCACGAACGUGUUCGAAAAGACGAGAUCAUUCGACUACGCGCUGAAGUGCAUCGCCUCGAAGCGCAGAUUCAGCUCCCACCCAAGCGACCAGCGUCGUUUUGGGAGCACUUGGCGAAAGCAGAAUCGGCCGACACAUCGACGUCGUUGCAGGUGAACCAGGACCUUCGAGCUGCCGUGAACGAACACGCGGCGUUCAUUCAAACCCUCCAACAAGCCAUACAAAAGAAACCACGCUUGACUGUCGAUGGUCCAACGUCGACGGAUUGGCAACAACUCGUCCUGCCCGCGAACCCAUCCACUCGCGCCGACGCUAUCCACGCCAUCGCGGAUCGCCAUUUCCGAACGAUGCACGAUUCGUUUCUACGUGCUGGGCUCUUGGAUGCAACCUCGCCAGCCAGCAACAUAUCGUGGGCGAAACUCCGUCCCCAAACGAACGGCGAUGUCUACUUUGAAGUAGCGAGUCACUUGAUGCUGAUGGCGCCCGCGCGCACGAUCAGUGCCACUGCGUGGGCUGUGUUUCGUCGGCAGCCCGUCCACGUCGUUGGCGUCGAAAAUGUUCUCGAGCAUGUCGACGACUCGACAGUGUACAACGCGGUCACUGACACGCGGUUUGGGCCGACGCGGUGCCGCGCUUGCCUCGUCCACAAGUUGUACCAGUCGCACCACCGCGACGUGAUCGUCUCGCACUAUGUAGCCAAGGAUGCUAUACUGGACGAGACACCAGGGGACGUUGUCGAAGCCAAGUGUGCCUGGCUGCAAGUCGUCCCUCUGUCGCACCAUGCGUGCCAGCUCACGCUGCUUGUCCACAUCAACUUGGGUGCGCAGGAAAACCUCAUGACACGGGAGGACGGCGACACCCUGGCGUCGAUGCUGGAGAACGUGACGAUCGCGCUGCGUUCGCACGAGCGAGGCACGGUUGCAACCGGUGGUGUUGGCCAUCUCUUUCACCCAACACACUUGCCAUCUCCUGCCAUUCACUUUUACGUCGACCGCAGCAGUCGGUUUGAGAAGGAACUCAAGGCUGCCAUUCACCAAGCGAUUCGAGCGUACAACGCAAAACCACAUCCACUCAACUCGUCAUGACACGCGUCUCAAUCCCGCGCGACAACUGCCGUGUUGUCUCAAACACAGACUCCGACACGUCGACGUGCGCUUAGCUUGUUUAAGAGCAACCCUGGCAAGCUCGCUCAGGGAAUGACACGCUGUGCAGACGAGGGCUUCAUAUUCUUCACCGAGUUGUCACCUUGCGGAC